AGAUGUAGUAGCUGCAUAUAGAAAGGACAUGGAGUGGCAGACAAGUGAGCUGCUUCUUCCAUACAAGAAAAUGUGUACUCUUAAGAAGGUGCAAGUUGAUGUUGUAGUCAUUGAGUCAGAUAAUGUGGCAAAUGCAAUAGCAGAGGAGGUUUCUAAGUCUGCUAUAAGCAAUCUUGUCAUAGGUGCCCCAUCUCGUGGCUUGUUUACAAGGUGGCAGCAGGGUUGCCUCAUUUCUUCUGGGGUUGUUGCAUUAGCUUUGAGGGAAUGAAAGAUCAAAAGCUUGAUAGAAAUAUAAAGAUACAAGGCCCUUCUUGAUUAAUCAGGUCUAGGGAUUUGAAUUAGUACGUUGCUUCAUGCUAUGAAUAGAUUAGAUUACAUAAGUUCAUAAGGAAGAAAAUUUGAAAGAUGGUGACUGAAGAUAUAUAUUGAAGAUUAGGCCAAGUAUGUAUGUCUAUUGUCAUCUAGGAUUACAUAAGAUUAGAAAGUAUAACUAGGAAUUACUUACUGGAAUGUGCUUGUAGUCCAGUAUAUUGUAACGAGUAAUAGAUGCACUGACAUUUGUUUUGGGAUUGUAAAGAUGAUUUGUAUGUAAAUGUCUUCUUUUCGUUUCAAGGACAAUUUUUUUUUUUGUGUU